GGCAAUUCAGUCAUCUUGCAGGUCAUCACCUUCAACGCAGCAAUCGGCAGAGUCCCCGUUUCUUGCGUCUCCCUCGCCUCCGCCACUGUAAACCCCUAAAACUCUCAGACCUCCCUUCUCCGGUGCGACCGUACAAUCUCUCUCUCUCUCGUCUUUCUAUCUCUGGAAACCUGGGGCUUUUCUUCCGUUUCAUCAAUGGCAGGCGCAUCGUUCAAAGGCCUUCUUGAUUGAUGAUUGGUUUUGGUUUCAAUUGUCCGGCGACAUGGAUGCAGCCAUCGGCGAGAAUCCCGCCGCAGAUGGCGGAGGUUCGUCUGCCUCGCAGCCUCCUCCUCCUCCUGCGCCGGCGCCAAUGCCGAGCGCGAAUGCUCCGCCGCCAUUCCUGGUCAAGACCUACGACAUGGUGGACGACCCUUCUACCGAUAAGAUCGUGUCCUGGAGCCCCACGAACAAUAGUUUCGUAGUGUGGGACCCGCCGGAAUUCGCUAGGGACCUCUUGCCUAAGUACUUCAAGCACAACAACUUCUCCAGCUUUGUCCGACAGCUGAAUACUUACGGUUUCAGAAAGGUUGAUCCUGACCGCUGGGAGUUUGCAAAUGAGGGAUUUCUUAGAGGUCAAAAGCACCUUCUUAGAAGUAUUACUCGGCGCAAACCUGCCCAUGGACAUAAUCAACAACCGCAGCAGCCGCAUGGACAGAGUUCGUCGGUUGGUGCAUGUGUUGAAGUGGGUAAGUUUGGGCUUGAGGAAGAGGUUGAGAGGCUGAAAAGGGACAAGAAUGUGCUCAUGCAGGAGCUUGUGAGGCUGAGGCAGCAGCAACAGGCCACUGAUAAUCAGAUGCAGACCAUGGUCCAGCGGCUUCAGGGAAUGGAACAGCGGCAACAACAGAUGAUGUCAUUCCUUGCAAAAGCCGUGCAUAAUCCUAGCUUUUUGGCACAGUUUGUGCAGCAGCAAAAUGAGAGCAACAGGCGAUUAACUGAAGCCAACAAGAAAAGGAGGCUUAAGCAAGAUGAUGUUUCGGGUGAUCAUUCUGUUGGUCCUACUGAAGGACAGAUUGUUAAGUAUCAGCCUCUAAUGAAUGAGGCAGCAAAAACGAUGUACAGACAGAGCAUUAAACUGGAGGAUGGUCCAAGUCGGCUGGAAAAUUACGAUUCCAAUUCUGAAACUUCAAUGAUCAGUGAUGUUUCAUUAUCUGACACGCUAGACCAUGGGAGUUCUACAAGCCGUACCUCUGGUUUGACUCUUCAGGAGGUCCCACCAACUGCUGGGCAGUCUUACAUGCCAGCAACUUCCGGAGUUCCAGGUCAAGGUCCAUCUGCGAUGUCUGAGGUUCACUGCUCCUCGCCUGGUGAGAACUCUGAAAUGGUUGCAACUACUGCAUUUUCGACUAUGAGCUCAAUGAGUGGAGUCCAAGAGUUUCCAUCUGCCACUCUUCCAGAUGUACAUAUAACCAUGCCCGCUCUAUCUCCACUACAAGAAAUGGUACCAGAAAGCAAUAUUGAAAUGAGUGGGAUGGAGAGUGGUGCAUUUAUAGAUUCAUCUCCGGUGGGAGUGAAUGGCAAAAUGCCCUUGGAAAUGGAUAAUUUUUCUGUAAAUCCUGAAUUUGAAUGGGACAGCUACUUGCUCGAAGAUGAGAUAGAAAAGCUUCCUGGCAUUGGCGACCCUUUCUGGGAACAGUUUCUUGCUACAAGCCCACAACCCGUGGAGACAGAGAUGGCGGAUUCACCUAUACUGGAAGCUUCCAAAGCGGAAAGUGAAGUGAAGCAGCCGGAGAGCGAAUGGAACAACAAAGCUCAACACGUGGAACAGCUUACAGAACAGAUGGGCUUUCUCAGUUCAGACGCCAAAAGAGCACCUUGCUAAGUUGCUAUGGCUAAUGUACUUGUUUGUGCAGCAUCAUCCAUCACCCCAACAUAAAUCCCAAAAAUUUAAAGCAGAUGUCUGUAUUUGUGAUCAUCAUCAUGGUCCUCUUGUGUUGUGCCCUUU